GCCCAGAAGAUACACAGUGAUCAGCAGGAGAGGUACCAACACCUUGACAGGGACUCUAAAAAGAAAUUUUAGAAGGGACGAAAAGGAACAAACAUAUCCAACUGGGGAAUUACGGACCAUAUAAUGAGGAACUCCCUCCUACGCAGUAAAACCUUUGAACACAUAGGGGGCAUAGUAAUCCACGGCUAGUGGCUACAGUUUGCUUGAUAAACCGAAACAUUUUUUCACACUGCUCAGUUGAGAUUUGACUUUCGCCCGUGUUACUGGAUAGUUUUAAUCUCUCGUUCAUUCUUCUUUCCGCCGAUUAACAACAAAGGCCAAUCAAAAUGAAACUGGAUAAGAUUUUAAUGUUGCUCGUGCUCCUACGCUUAUGUAAUUCAGAGCUGAUUUCAGAGGGCACAGCGUUUGUAUCAGGGACGGCAGUGCUCAAGUGCGACGUCCGUCUACUUAACAGCCUCAAUGAGAAAGAUUUGAUCUACUACUGGCAAAAAGACAUCGACAAAGACAAAAUAGAGGUUAUUUUUGAAAUAAAUAAGGGUAAACAGAUAACAGAAUACGUUCAUACAAAACAUCGCAACCGUACCAUGGAGCUGCAACCAAACUGGGAUCUGCAUAUUUAUAACGUUACGUUAGAUGAUCAAGGGGCCUACUCUUGCCACGUCUCCCAUAAAAAUGAUAAAUGGGCUCAUUCUACAUUCAAGCUGAAUGUAUUUGGUAAGCAUUUAUAUAUUCACAAUCCAGAGCUCUACCUUAUCUCGAACCAGUCAGUGGAGAGUGUGACUAUUCUAGAACUGGAAUGUAAGUCAAUGCAAUGUUUCCCAAAACCUCAAGGAAUUAUCUGGAAAGUUUUCAACAACUCUGGAACACAUAUCAUCCGGGGGAACGUCACCAUUAUACAGAAUGAAAAUGCUAAGGACUUUAAUAUUUCCAGUGCAAUCACUUUGCAAAUCGAAGGCAAUGCAACCAUCAGCUGUGAGCUCCAAUCUGUCCACAAUUUAACAUCAAAUCUCCUGAAAAUAGAUUUUUCCCGUGUGAAGCACCCAUCAGAUCUACUUGACUUCACACCUUUAAGGCUGGUGGCGGAAUAUCGUUUCAUGUACGUGGAUGAAUGCUGGCCGGUUCAAUCCUGA